GAUAGUGGAUAAAAGAAAUAGUAAAUACUACCACUGCUACACAACCAUAACACGCAUAUCCCUGCGCUAAAAACCUUCAUAUUCACCCCGGUGAUAAGUCAGCGUCAUGGCCCGUACCAAGCAGACCGCUCGUAAGUCCACUGGAGGAAAGGCUCCACGUAAUCAGCUGGCCACCAAGGCGGCCCGUAAGAGGGCCGCCUCCACCGGCGGCGUCAAGAAGCCCCAUCGUUACAGGCCCGGCACCGUGGCCCUGCGUGAGAUCCGUCGCUACCAGAAGUCCACCGAGCUGUUGAUCCGCAAGCUGCCCUUCCAGCGCCUGGUGAGGGAGAUCGCCCAGGACUUCAAGACCGACCUGCGCUUCCAGAGCACGGCCACCGGGGCCCUGCAGGAGGCCAGCGAGGCCUACCUGGUGGGUCUGUUCGAGGACACCAACCUGUGCUCCAUCCACACCAAGCGUGUCACCAUCAUGCCCAAAGACAUCCAGCUGGCACGCCGUAUCCGCGGGGAGCGCGCCUAGAAGGGCAUCGCGCCGCACAGCUUUUUUUAUUUCAAUGUUCUACCUUAUACUCUUUGUUUUUAUUUUUUAUAACCCCCCCCCCCCCCUUUCCUGUUCCCAUCCGUCCGUCCCCCUGCUUGCUUGUUAGACGUUAGUGGCAUCAUAAUAAUCGAGACAUAGAGAUAUCUUCAGUUCACACGUCGGCACU